AUGUGGGUGACCUUCUACCUCACACAGUGGCACGGCGAGCCACUGAUCGCAGGCUACGAGCUAGACGGCGAGAGCUUCGUUGCGGCGCCAGAAGAGAUGACAACACCUGGCCGAACCAAGUCCAUCGCCACCACUGCCAAAGAGCCAAUCAGUGACGUCAUCGCCAGAGGUACUGUGAAGGAACUCAUCGACGGGCUUCGCGACAAAGACACAGCUCUUGCCCAACUGGACAAGCAGAUCGCCGACGCUCUUGACGGUGAGGAGUUCGACGAGGAAAAUAUGGGCGCUCUGGAUUACCAUGAGAAGAUCGUGAAAUCCAUCAGCAGGCUUCGGUCCGCGAUGAACACGCGUGCAGCGGUUGGUUCUACCGUCACCGAAAGCAACCAGCCGUGGCAUGCGGGUACAAUUGACGGAGCCAGCAGCUCCAUAGGAGCUGCCCACUCGGAGGCUAUCGGCCAAGACCUCGCCGAUCCACUAGACCACGACCACCGGGGGUUCUGGGAGCGCUACGAGGCGACCAUUCACACGCAACCCGAUCUCACCGGUAUCGAGAAGUUCAAGUACUUGAACACGUACUUGGCGGGCGCUGCGAAGCGGGCCAUUGAAGGAAUAAGCCUUACAGAAGCGAACUACAACAUCGCCGUCAAGCUGUUCACCGAAAGGUUCGGGCGAAAGGAUCUUCUCAUCGACGACCACAUCGACAGCCUCCUUGCCAUCGAACCAAUCGAGACAUCGUCGCAAGUAGCAAGGCUGCGUGACCUGUACGAGCAAAUACAGUUCAGGACCAGCUGUUUGGAAAGUAUUGGCUUGCCGUCUUCAGAGUACGCGGUUGUUUUGCACCGGGUGUUGAUGCGCCCAUUGCCACAGGAUCUGGCGAUCCAGUACCGAAAGCGCACAAAGACCGGCACAGACGCCGCGGACUCUCCAGUCUAA